CCGCCCCUGAAGGCAGCAUCAGACGGGAGGUGGAGGAUGAAGGUUGGAGAGAGGAGAGGAAAGACAGCCAGACCAGCUAACGCAGACACUCAGCCUGUUUACCGCUAAACAGACGCUGCUUUAGCGGCAUUGACGCUACUGAAUAAACCCAGUUUGGCCGUUUUCUGUCGGCUAAAGAUGUGACUUUCGUCGACUGUGUUUCAAACGGCAGGAUGUGUGCCGGUAGCUAGCUCGGUUACCGUGAAGACAUAAAGGGCAUCUGUGUGUCUUUGAGCUAAUCUUCGGAUGACAGUUUGGUGUUGGUGAACGGCUAAACCUCCCUUGUUCGGUCGAACCGUUCCGAUUCCAGUUAACGGCAACAGAGGAGAGAAUAAACCCACCGAAGUGUGAAAAUGAAAUUCACGGAGCAUCUCUCGGCUCACAUCACCCCGGAGUGGAGGAAACAGUACAUCCAGUAUGAGGCUUUCAAAGAGAUGCUGUAUGCUGCUCAGGACCAGGCCCCAUCCAUCGAAGUUACAGAUGAGGACACAGUCAAGAGGUACUACGCCAAGUUUGAGGAGAAGUUCUUCCAGACCUGUGAAAAAGAGCUGGCCAAAAUCAACACCUUCUACUCUGAAAAGUUGGCCGAGGCUCAGCGGCGAUUCGCCACGCUACAGAACGAGCUGCAGUCCUCGCUGGACGCCCAGAGGGAGAGCUCGGCUAACGGGCGAGGCCUGAGGAGGAGGAAGACGGUGUUCGCCCUGUCGCAGCAGGAGCGAUGCAAGCACAGGAACAUAAAGGACCUGCAGCUGGCCUUCUCCGAGUUCUACCUCAGCCUCAUUCUGCUGCAGAACUACCAGAACCUGAACUUCACUGGUUUCAGGAAGAUCCUGAAGAAGCAUGAUAAAAUUUUGGAGACGUCGAGGGGAGCCGACUGGAGGGUGGCCCACGUGGAAGUGGCUCCAUUUUACACCUGCAAGAAGAUCACCCAGCUGAUCUCUGAGACCGAGGCUUUGGUCACAACAGAGCUGGAAGGAGGCGACAGGCAGAAGGCCAUGAAGAGGCUGAGGGUUCCUCCUCUGGGAGCUGCACAGCCGGCUCCAGCGUGGACCACCUUCAGAGUGGGUCUUUACUGUGGAGUGUUCCUCGUCCUGUUGGUCACUGUGGUCAUCACAGGAGCUGUGGUGAUCCGUAGCUCUGAUGUUUGGCCCAUGGUCAGGAUCUACAGAGGAGGCUUCCUGUUAAUAGAAUUCCUCUUCCUAUUGGGCAUCAACACGUACGGCUGGAGGCAGGCAGGAGUCAAUCACGUGCUCAUAUUCGAACUGAACCCCAGAAACAACCUGUCGCACCAACAUCUGUUUGAGAUUGCGGGUCUGUUGGGGGUGUUGUGGUGCGUCAGUCUGCUGUCCUGCCUCUUCAGUGACAGCAUCCUGGUCCCCAUGCAGGCCAACCCUCUGGCUCUCUACGGCUUCUUUCUCCUCUUCCUCAUCAACCCCUUCAAGACCUGCUACUACAAGUCCCGCUUCUGGCUGCUCAAACUCUUGUUUCGAGUGGUGACGGCUCCUUUCCAUCGGGUCGGAUUUGCAGACUUCUGGCUGGCCGACCAGCUGAACUCUCUGGGGGUGGUUCUGAUGGAUCUGGAGUACAUGAUCUGUUUCUACAGUUUCGAACUGGACUGGAAGAAACAUGACGGACUGAUCAGCAAAGGUAAAGACGUGUGUAAUUCCUACUCCUACGGCGUUCGUGCGGUCAUCAAAUGUCUUCCCGCCUGGUUCCGAUUCGUCCAAUGCCUCCGCCGUUACCGUGACACCAAGCGGGCCUUCCCUCACCUGGUGAAUGCUGGGAAAUAUUCCACUUCCUUCUUCGUGGUCACCUUCUCUGCCCUUUACAGCACACACAAAGAUGAAGCUCCUGCUGAAGCUCGGGUCUUCCUCUACUUGUACAUCGGCUGUUUGGUGGUCAGCUCGUGUUACACGCUGGUCUGGGAUCUGAAGAUGGACUGGGGCCUGUUUGAUCGGAACGCCGGAGAAAACACCUUUCUGAGAGAGGAGAUCGUGUACCCACACAAGGCCUACUACUACAGUGCCAUAGUGGAGGACGUGCUCUUACGCUUUGCUUGGAUUUUAACCAUCUCCCUCACCACACUCACUGAUUUCCACGGCAUGGCUGACAUCCUGGCUACAAUACUGGCUCCACUGGAGGUGUUUAGACGCUUCGUGUGGAACUUCUUCCGACUGGAGAACGAACAUCUGAAUAACUGUGGUGAGUUCAGGGCCGUCAGAGACAUCAGCGUGGCUCCGCUCAACGCCGACGACCAAACCCUGCUGGAGCAGAUGAUGGACCAGGAGGACGGGGUCAGGAACCGGCAGGGCAAGAAGAGCUGGAAAAGGAGCUACAGCAUGAGUCUACGCCGGCCACGCCUCGCCUCACAGUCUAAGACCCGUGACACCAAGGUUCUGAUCGAGGACACCGACGAUGACUCCUGACAUCAGGCCACGCCCCUCGCCUGGGUCCAGAAUUUAUUCAAAGGAGGAAACUCCACCUCCUAACUGAGGAAUUACCCAGCGAGCGGGCGUUGAACUCUCAACCAAGAAAGAGUUUUAAACUCUCAUGCCUACGUAAUCUUCUCUCCAAUGCAUGAGCCUCGGCUCGGGUUCAGAACUCUUUCAGGAGAAGAACCUUCACCUCUUGAACAAACAACCCAGCUACGUGGCCAUCCUACCUUCAAUAGCAACCAACGGUGGGCUUAUCACUUAAACUCUACCUUACCAAGCAGUGGGUGAAAGCUCCCUGACAUCUACCGCCACCCAGAGGUGGACUCUGUAACUGCAGCCUCUCCUCACUGCUCGGGCUCUCAGCCUAGCAUGAACAACGCAGCUAAAUGGAACUCAAACCGAUAACCUGACAUGAAGUGUCCUCGCCCACAUGGUGCCACUGAAAGCUUCCUGCUGUCCUCUAGCUAUUAUUACACUCCCAGCAUCCAGGUUACGUUUCGACCGAGGCCUUCAAUAAAUUGUGAACUAUCGGCACCUCAACAGAUUUGAAGUCUCCCUGUAAUUUGGACCAGAAGCCCUUUUUGCCACAUAAGAGAAUUAAAAGGGUUGAGGAGUGUCUUUCUCCUCCUCCUCCUGAGUUUAUGGCGACAACAGACGAUGCUGAUAAACAGCUGAUAACACCAAUAGGUCACUGGCUUGACUCCCUUUGCUCUUCAGCUUUUGCCCCCGUCAGAUCAUCACAGAGCUGCCUACCUGCACCAACACGCUUUAGAAACACACAAACAGUGAUUUUAAUCAGUUUUAUUGCUGAUGGACGUGAAACUUUUGGCUGUUAUUCUUAUUGAAAGCCUGGGAUGAAGACACACACACACACACACACACACACAGACUAGCAAUUCUUUGUACUGUGGUUGUAAAUAUGAGACGGACCAAAGUAGAAGGUGGUGUGAAGACAUUCAGAAAAGAUCCAGUAGAAAAAAAAGUGAAGCUCAGACUGUAGAACAGCAGCUGGAAUGACUGUUCAGCCACAGAGCUGAGAAGGAGUUUUAUGUUUUCAGAAAAAGAUGAAGAUCAUCUUAUUCAUUCUAUAACUCUCACUCGCCCUACGUGAAGAAUAUCCUCCACUGGGAAAUGAUUCUGCUGAAUGUAUGCCGACUUAUUUGUGCAUGUGUGAGCGGGAGAGCUUCCUAAACACAUCUGUCGACUCGUUUAGGAUUGAAGAUUUGUUCAGAGGAGUUUUUUUUCCUGAAAUGUUGAUUGAAAAACUGUUUGAUUGGAAAGUUGAUUUUUUCAGAACACAGUAACUCCUGUCAGAGAAAAAGUUUGAUUGAAAUGUGAUGAAGAGAAGAGGUCACCUGUCUGUCACCUGCUGCUUCAAACCGUCAAAACGUUGCUUUAGUUCAACUCAGAUCUUAUUGAAGUGGCUUUUGGAGUGAAUCUGUUUGGCAGUGCCCAUAGAAAGUGUUUACCCUCCUUAGAAGUUAUAAUUUGGCUUUUUUUUUUUUUUUUUACAAGAAUUUACAGGAAAACAUUCUUUCAUUCCAAACUGAGAACAGAUUUCUACAAAAUAAUAUCAGUACAAAAUGAAAAAUAAAUCAGUGUUUGGUAGAUGCAUAUUUGGCUGCAGUUACAGAAUUUUCCCUGUGUGGUCUAAAUCAGCACAUUCCACCUUUACAAGCCUUUCUGGAUUUGCUGUCAAGAAGUAUCCCCACACCAGGAUGCUGCACUGUGGUGAUGGUGCAGUGUUUGGUGUCCGCCAAACGAAGUGUCUCUGGUGUCCAAAAAGCUUGAUUUUUGCUCCAUUCAAACAAAGAACCUCUUUGCAGGUGACUUCAUGGGCCAUCAGUACUUUUGCAGUCAUUUAUUUUACUUUUAAUUACUUGGAAAUUCAAUAGUUUAAAUGGGAAAACUUCCAAGAGGGUGAGGACUUCUAGCCCCUGUACAUUCUGGUGUAACUCAGGUUGAAUAACGUGUUGACACAAAGUCGUUUUAAUAUAGCUUCAGUAUUUUAAUUCUGGUUAUAUAGUUGUGCAUCUACUUUAUGUCCUCAGAUGUGUAUAGCAGGGAGACAGUAAUCCUAAAUGUUUCAGUCGACGGUAACCGAACUUCUUUUUCUUGCUCUUCUCAUCCAAGAGGCAUCCAUAGUUCUAACAGACUGGUGGGGAGUCUCACCACCAUAUCACAUGACUCAACAAUCCAGGAUUUAGAGUGUUCAUUGGGGGUGAAACUGCCUGGGGAAGGAUCUCAGGACUGCGUUCUAAAUACCUGAUAAUCGCUGCUGUAGACGCCCAUGGCCGUUCCAGUUUAGCGUAGAUGUUUAAAUUCAGUCCUCCACCAAACCGUUUAUCUUCUCUCCUCUAUAUUCUGAAUAUUUCUGCCAUCAAAAGGAGUGUCUCUUAUCCUUUAGAUGCAGGUGAACUGCUGAAUCUUGUCCUGAGGAGCUGAUUCUCCUGUGCAGUGCCGUGCACUUGUGGAACAGCUGUUUGUCUCCCCGGUAGAAAGGAUAAAGGUCCAUGGACUCCUGGUUGCAUGGGUCAUCCCUCUCCAGUUUCACAACAAGCUGUGAGCCUUCUGACUAAAUGUCUGGGACUCCUCACCAGUCAGAACCAAGGAAGCCUCUUGGAUGAGACUUGAAACAUUCAGAAGAACAAAAACAAAAAUGUUUUGAUACCCUGUACUGAUCAGCUGGCCCAGACUUUGAUUUUGGAGUUCAUUUGGAGAUUUUUCAUUCCUAAUUUCCCUCGUUUACCAGCACCAAGCUUUACCUGUCGUCUUAAUAAACUCAGCAUUCUGUACAUUUCUACAACAUUUAGUAAAACCAACUCUCCUUAUCCAGAAGAAGUGCUACUUUAAGUUAUUUAGGUACUUUCACUGAUUUUCUGACGGCAGCUUAAGGUCAGACGUAAAUGUAAUGAAUAGACUAAUGAAACAGGAAAUGACUGUGUUGUACUGGUGGAAUUGUACUUUAUGCUGCUUUGAUUGUAUGAUAGCCAUUCAUUUGGCAUCACAUAAUUUUACUCCAUCACGAUUUUCUUGCUUUUCUUUUUACCCUUUCAUAUUUAUUUUUCCCGCAGUUUAUCUGAGACUUUUUUCAUUUGAAUACCAAUUUCUAGAUAAGAACUAAUAGUAGCUUUCUGUUCUAGCUGGUGGUUCAGGGGCUUGGCUGUGUCUCAAUCAGCAAUAGUGUACACGCAAAUAGGACCACAUCGUCUGCAUAUCGGCAAACUCCUGGUGAAUCGCCGGUGUAGUGUCGGUCUGUGCAGCCAAAUCGUUAAAGCCACAAAAUGAAAUUAUCUUCCGUUGUCUGCUGAAGAAGAGUAGCUUUUUACACUGGAGCGAGGUUCUUCUAAAUGUUUUGACGGGAGUAAAGAUGUCAGUUUUGUUGCUUCUUUUUACAUUCCAAAAAAGUUUGACACGCUUGCACUCGAUGUCGGUUAAACGUCAGGUCAUGUUAUAGUCUUAAAGAAACUAUUAGAAUGUGUUUAGGUUUUAGUUUUGAUUUUUAUUCAUCAGCUGUUUAUUAUUCUACAUUUAUUGUAACGAAUUCGAUAAUAGCUUGUGUUUGAAAUUUAAAGUGGUCGACUGCUGUUAUUCUCCAGAAAGCUCUGAUUGAAAUCGGUCCCAGAUCCCUCAAGGAUUAUGUGCACUUUAUUACCAAACUUCAUUCUCCUGUGUUUAGUUUUAGUUUUCAUCAUCUUGAUUUACAUUUUCAUUGCAAAAUAUCCAGUAGAACAACUGUAUGAGGUCUCAGGUGUGUAAUGCAUAGGAACAAAUACUUUACUGAAGGAACUUAAAGGUAAUUGGAGAACAAAUCUGCUAGCUUAAAGCGCACCCAAGAUGUUGUCUCUCGAUACAUGGUGACAAACCAUAGAAUCGGUGUUUCCAUUUUGAUGGGAUUUUGGCAGUAAAAAAAAAAUCUAACACUCAACAGCAUAUAGAAGAUUGUAGGACAACAGUAUUACCAAAUAUGUGUCAUCGACUGUGUAAUGUUACUAUCCUGUUAGCAAUUAAGCUAAGUCAGAGGAGCUAUGGGUUUACCAUUGACUGUUAGCAUAGAGUGCUUUAUAUUCUCUCUUGUGUAAUGUUUAUAGAAUGAGUUGGUGUGUAACAGUGAGUGGAGUAGAAUCUGUAUGUAUGCAAGACUUUAGAUCCACAUAUUUGGGGGAAUCGUUUUGCUUUCCGACUUCAUGGUGUAACAAGGCCUUAAAGACGUCACCAUGUAGCUGAUAACAGUAGAAGACAAUCAGUGUUUUGGCAGGGCAGGAGGUUUAUAAAACCUGUUGUACUUGUCCAGGAUGAAAUGAGCUUGAGCUAAAAAAAAACCAAUAUCUUUGUCUUUGAAAUGAGUGUGAAAUUCUUGCAUGGAUGCGUUUUGUUGUCCUCCUCCUUCCAUUCUUGGAUUUACUUUACAUAGAAUCCUGGUUUCACAUUGGUUCAUUUUGGUUAAAUAUGGGUGAAGUUUAAAAAGCCAUUUUGAGAAGUCGGAUGCAUGCAGCUAGUUGGACAGUAGAAGACAUUUCUGACUUUUCUACUCUGCUUUGUUUGCACCACAGGAGUUCAGAUAGCUAAAAAAUGAGGGCAACACUCGUGUCCUCUUGUACAUAACUUUCAAUCAAAGAACAUUUCUGUCUUUCACAAACAGACACGAUCGUUCCGUCCAAAGAGUUCAGCAUCCGAUUGUUCAGGACUUUUAUUUUGGUAAUUCCUCAGGUUCUCACAUUAACAUACAAAUUAGGUUAUUGCAAAGCCAUUCCUGCAUUACCAGCAGCAUAUUCCACAGUGACAGGAGGCUGGGAGAUGAGAUGUGAUUAAGAUUCGUACUCAGGAUAUUGUGAGCACAUUUGCACCUUAGGCAGUUAUUUCACACAGAAGCUUCCUGACUGCCUCUCAGCCGCCUCCACUCCUUUUUCUCUUCUGACAGCCAUUAUUUUAUGAAAGCGCCAUUUGAAACCUCAGUCCGUGGUUUGUGUUUGUUUCUUAGAUGAUUACACCCAGAGAUCUGCGCAUCCAAAUCCAGGAAAUGGACCAAAUAAUGUGGUUUGCCACAAAGUAAUUUUCAGUUUUUGGUGUUUUUUUUUGCUUCAGUGAUUUGAACAUUUCAGCUGCUGGCAGGCUGACUGCUCUCUGAUCUAGAACACGGCACAUUGGCUUUACAGAUUGUAUUUUGGUUUAAGUUCUCUUUCUGCAUUCCAUUGAACACAUAAAAUACAAAUUUCCAGUAAAGAUGUUUGACACUGUGACAGACGGUGAAAUCCUCUUCUCUGUUCCACCACUGAAGAACAGGCCGGCAUAACAAACCUCGAUGUUAUUGUCAGAAUGUGUUGGAGAGUCAACACUGAAUGUUCGUUCCAAUUUGUGAUUCCUGUUCUUUGAUCAUAUAGUUCCAGAUUUAACUUAAAAGGCUGCCAAUUUUUUGGCAGGUUUGUUGUGUUUGGGAGAUAUUUUAAUGAUUUUUUGUCAAAUGAAGACAAGAGUUGUGUUCAUUUCUUACCGUAGAGUUUUUGAAACUUCUAUAUGCGUCGAAAAGCGUUGAGCGAUACCCGGUCCUAACCUCCAGUGGUGGAAUCUGCUGGACCAAAAACAUGUUCUUUCAGAAUGUCUUAGGAAUGUUUAAAUAUAACCCUGUCUAUUUUCUGCCAACUGAUUCCCAACAUGUCACUCUGUACUAACGGAUUCUGUCCAGCAUCUCGCUAAUGUAAUCAGCCAUGUUCUGGCCUCAAUGGGACCAUUUUCCAUCUAUGGCCAUUGGUUUUAUUGUGCUGUGUUGGGGAGUAUUAUGCUGGGUUCACACUACAGGAAGAUUUUGUCUGAAUAAGAUGCAGAUCAAAAUGGAGUUAGAACUUCUCACAGUGAUUUGACUGAGAGGAAAGAGAGACUGUAAGCUCUUCCUGGACAAAUCUUUUCAUAAUGUAUUUGGUUUCAUUGGAGAGAAACUGCUAGAAAACGAUGUCUAGACACUAGAACUGUGUGACAGUGGACAGUGUGGGUGGUUUGUCUUCCAGCCUGUUGUUGUGUAACGCCCAACAAGGUUUCACAGAGUUUGUUUGGACAUUAUAAGGUGUCCAAGAUUCAACAACUAUCAGUCGUCGUGGCCAAAUCCAGUUUUAGGUCCUGACGUCUUUAAGGUCAGGCUACUUUCCAGCUAGUGUAGCAUUGCUAGACCAGUUGUUUUGGUGGAACGUGCACACGCUAAAGCACUCGGUUCACUGAAACAACAAGCAGAGCUGCCUUACUGUACCAUCCAAAUCUUUAGCAAAACUGGCUAUUUUCAGUGUGAAGUUGUUUCCUGUAGUGAAGGGAUUUUGAAAACAGCAUCAUGCAGAUAAUGGAAAGUAGCAGCUAAAUGGGUGACUUCGACCUGAAGUCUACAUUGGAGAAGUCAGAGAGUAGUCUGAACCCAGCGUUAGACCCACACAUGAAGGAUGAUGUCAAGUUUCUAAACAGAAAUUAGGGAUUGAAUGAAGUCAUAAUUUAAAAAUCUGUCCAAGAUCUCUGCAGAGGAAGCAACUCCGCUGACAGCUCCAAGGUUACCUGACUGCAGAUCUGCCAGCAUCAAAAAGAAAACAGGGUUGUGGCAGAGGCCUGAACUGAAGCUCAGUUUCCCAUGGCAACGCUAUCCUGUACUCUACAAGCCUCCAUUCCAAGGCUUUUUAUUCUUCAAAUAAGGGUCGUAAGUUUGUGAAGUCGUUUGUUUGGUGACCAUGUGAGGACGCUGUGUGUUCUCUGGUCAUCGGUCUUCAUCGAGCCACUGGAUGGGAUUCAUUUUCCACAUAUUUUACCGUCUUUUGACUCCAAAACUUGUUGCUUGUUUGAAAGUAAAUCGGUCAAAGCUGAGAUACUCCAUAUUGUGAGAGAUUUGAUGGCCCAAAGCUUCCUCGGUGUGGAACAUAAAAUCGAUCUAAACUUCUCUGACGCACUCAAUUUAAGUUAAUUUUGAACCAGAAUACAAUGAAGACAUGUUGAUCUCCAGCUACCAGAACCAGUUCAUUUUUUUAUGAUUGAAAACACAGCAUUUUUAAUCCACGUUCUGACCCAGAGCUGUUAAUCAUACAAUCCAUAAUUUUUUUGAUGAAUAUGUUGAUUAGGAGCAUUGUGUAAUCGGUGACCGUGCUGUGGGUGUUGUCUUGUAUGUACAGCAGCAGCGUGAUGCUACAGAGGUGCCUGGUUCACCAACCCCUGUUACAGUUUUUCAGUAAAACCGGCUAAAGAGCAAAAA